AUGCCGGGCCCCACGAAUACUCUCUUGAUCGAAGGCUCGUUCUCCGAGCUCGCUGAAGAAUUCGCACAGUACCUCGACGGCCUCUCAAAAGCAGAAGAGGGCGCAGGCGUGCAGGCGGAAAUCGAACAACCGUUGAACAAAAUUCGCGAGGCAGAGCAGGCCGAGGUCGAGGUCGACGAGGCCGCCGUACAAACCCAAAAGGAUGAGGUGUUGAAAAAGCUGGUUACCAAGGCAUCAAUCCUGAACUCGGGCCCCGAACGAGAAUUUACUGCCGCAUACAACCUUCUCAUCAGCCUGUCGCUGCAAUCCCCGAUCUACGAACAGCUGUUCGCGCGGAUAUGCCAAUACCUGUCCGAGCAACCUGUGACAUCGUCCCCGAUCUAUGGCGGCUCGCUAGCCCUGCAGACUCUGACAACCGUAUUUAAUGUGCUCCCUCCGACUAGCGAAGCGCGCUACCAUGUCUUCCUUGCCAUUUUGAAAGUCAUCACAGCCACCUCCUCCUCACAGGCGUUCGAGGCGUUGGUAUCCCAACUGGAAACCAACAUCCCUGAGUGGUUGGCUUCUUGGCAACUCGAUGAUGAAGAUGCUCGCAGCUUGUACACCGCCAUAGCAGACGUGGCUUCGGCAACAGGACACGACGAUGUCUCGUACACUUAUCUCCUGAGCGCGUUGGAGACGAUUCCUCCUGAAGCGGCUGCCGAAGCAGACUCGCAAGAACUUGCCAAACGCACCCUGCGUCUGGCGCUCACGAACCCGAGCGUCACCGACUUCACACCCUUGACCGCCAGCGAUGCCAUCCAGGCGAUCCGCAAAUCCGACAGCAAUCUCUUCGAUCUGUUGGAGAUCUUCUCAUCCGACGACUACUCCUCCUAUGUCGACUUUCUCGAGACAAACGAGCUGUCAACGUUGGGGAUUUCGGACGAGAGCGCCGAAGUGCUCAGCAACAAGAUCCGCCUGCUGACUCUGGCGAGCAUCACCGCGUCUUCGCAGACCCGAUCGGUGUCAUAUUCCACCAUUGCAUCGGCGCUGCAAAUUCCCAGCGAGGACGUUGAGGUGUGGGUGAUUGAUACCAUCCGCGCGGGCCUGGUGGAGGGCAAACUCAGCCAAUUGAAGCAAGAGUUCCUUGUGCAACGCGCCACGUACCGCGUCUUUGGCGAGAAGCAGUGGACCGAAAUCCAGGGCCGGCUGUUGGUCUGGCGCCGGAGCCUAGAGAGCGUGCUGAGCGUGGUCAAGGCCGAGAGGGAGCGCUUCUUACGCGAGGGACCCGGCAACGCUGAUGCCGGCAUCAACGGCUGGGGCGAUGGCGGAGACAAUCAGAGAGGCCACCAUGGAGGAGAUAGGCAGAGACGAGGAGGCGGUGGUCGGAGGGGCGGGCAGUACCGUGAGCAGCGUGAGCCGCGCGAGCAUCAAGGCCCGAGAGAAGUCGAAGCUGUAGGCGGAGGGGACUAG